CUGUGGGAACCACCGGGGACACACCACUGUCCGGGACUACGAGGUUUACUUCAUACAACAUAGCAAGCUCAGUGACAACUGGCCUAGAGGAAUCAUCCACAGUGCCCUCUUCCAGCACCUCCCCUCAGGAAACACCAGUGUCUCCUCAGAAUCACCUGACUCAGAGCAUGCAGGCCACCACAGGAUCUCGAACCCACACCAGCACUGUAGGCAGCAGAUCAACUCCCUCAUCCUGUCCAAGCAAAGACAGUCCUACAGAGAAUGAGUCUCAAGAGACAUCCAACUCUGGAGAAGCCAAUACUCCAUCCCCUUCUUGUGUCAGCCAUACAACUGCCACACCAUCAGAAAUUUUGUUGACACCAACCACAACAGAGGAAACUUUACCCUCUUCUGGAGUAAGUACCACACCGCCAAUGACAUCAAUGGUUCUCACAACUCCCAUUUCAGCAGACAACCCCGUAGGAACCACAAAAGCUCCACCAGUAACUGUAACUAGAAGUUUUUCUCCAGGCACAGAGUCAAAGACAGCCAGUCUAGAGGCACAAUCAACACUAUCCUAUUCUAGCACCUUGACUCAGAAAACAUCAGCGUCUUCUCAGAAACACCAGACUCAGAGCAUGCAGACCACCACAGAAUCUGAAACCAGCACCAUCACAGAAGUGAGCACAUCAACUGCCUCAUCUUCCCCAAGCAGACACACUCCAACAGAGGGCGAUUCUGUGGAGACAUCCCCUGUCUUUGAAACUUCAUCCACUCGCAGUAUCAACAUUAUAUCUCUCACAACAUCAGAAUUGUUGACCGAACCAACCUCCACAGAGAAAGCUUCAUCCCCUUCUAGUGUAAGCAAAUCACCUCCCGUGACAUCAAGGGCACUCACAACACCCAUUUCAGGUGACACCACUGUAGGAACCACAAGGGACAUACAACUAACUGCAACUCGAGGUUUCACUCCAGGCACCGCCACUGACUCAAGGACAACUGGACUAGAGUCACAAUCAACAGUAACCUCUUCCAGCACCCUUACUCAGGAAACAUCAGCAUCUGCUCAGAAACACCAGACUCAGAGCAUACAGACCACCAGAGAAUCAGAAUCCAGCAGAAUCACACUAGCAACCAUAUCAACUCUUUCAACCUCGCCAAGUGGAUUUACUCCCUCAGGGAGAAUUUCUCAGGAGACAUCCCCUUCCAGUGUCAGCCACACACCUCUGACAACAUCCCAAAUGUUGACCUCAGCAACCUCAGCAGACACCACUCUAGGAAGCAUAGGGGAGCCAUCACUGUCUGUAACUGGAAGUUUUUCUCCAUUCACUUCUAAAUUUUCUACAACAUUAGGAUCAGAAAUACAGUCAGCACCACUCUCUACCAGUUCUUCAAUUCCAAAAACAUCUACAGUUUUCCACACCUACCAGAGUGAAGGCACAGAGACCCUGGAAUGGCCUCAUGCCAGUAGCUCAAUCUCUACAGAUGUUUCUUAUCAGACAAUCACUCCAGGUAAAGCAACAACAUUUGCUUCUUUGUCCUCUAGUGAUAGCCACACAACUCGGUCACAAAAAAGACCAUCAUCAGCACCAACCAUAGAUAGCAGUGUGCUGGUCACAGAAAGCACAUCUACUUCUGCAGCUAGUACUAUUUCUUGGGUUACCUCUAAGGUCUCAACAACAGGUAAAGAGGGAGAGCCAUCCACACACCCCUAUCAGAGCACAUCUCCUCAGGAAACAACAGUGGUUGUUUCCCAUACUCAGUGGACACAAGACAUAGGGACCACUGGUGAAACUCAUGUCAGUACCACAAUCUCCAAUGUGACCCAAACCAUCAAUACAGUCACAUCCACAUCUCCUUCAUCCAUGCUAAGUGGACACACUUCUCAACUAACCAUAAUAGCAAGCCCAACAAGGCGGUCAACACCACUCUCUAUUAGCACCUCUCCUCAAGAAUCUUCAGCUGUCUCCCAGAUAGGUCACACCCAAGGCAGGCAGACCACACAAGAAGCCCAAACCAUGAGUUUAGUCUCCUCCAUCACUGACAUCAUCAAGACAACAACAUCUGCAACUUCUUCAUUCAAACCAAGUGGACACUCGCCCUCAGAAAGUAUUCCUCAGGAUACAUCCACCGCAGGUGAAGUGACAGUCUUCACCCAGACGCCCUCCAGGGACAGCAGCACAACUCAGGCCACUACCACUACCACAGAACUGUGGACAGUGCCAUCCAGACCCGACACCACCCUGGAAACCUCAGGAGGUACAUCAUUUUCCAUAACAAGUGUCAUUCCUCAGGCCACCUCUGUAGUCUCAACAUCAAGAGGUCCCAGAGGACAAUCAAUAUCCCCUGCUACCAGCUCUUCACCUGACACCACGUCAGCCAUUUUCCAAACCCACCAGACUCAAGCCACAGCAACCACCGGAGAAUCACACACUAUCACACCAGCCUCCUUGGUGAUGGACACCACCUUGGUAGCAGAUACCACCUUGGUGGGCACGGCUAUAGCUUCUUCCACAGCAAAUAGCCAAACCACUCCAGGAAGUGCUUCACCAGAAAUGUCCACCUCCGAUAAGAUCAAGAGUUUCUCACCAACUCCUUCCAGGGAAAGCCAAACGACUCAGUCAACAACAGAAUUGUUUUCGAUUUCAACCAGUCAUGACACUACUCUAAGAACCAUGGGAAUGGUGUCUGCUAUAACCCCCAGCAUCACCACUUCAAUCAUCAUCUCUGAGGUCCCAACAACAGGGAGACCAACAGGACAGUCAACUCCAACUUCUCCCAGCACCUCUCCUCAGGAAACAUCAGUCAUUUCCCAGAUGGCUCAGACUCAAAAUACAAGAACCCCCAGAGGAUCUGGUUCAGUCUCCCCCGUGACUGACACCUUCUCAACAGUCACAUCUCUACCUCUUUCAUCCACACCAAAUGUGCACACAUCUCCACAAACCAUGGCCCACACUCUGUCUCCUUCAGACACCAGCACAACAUUUAUCUCAAACCCAGUCAGUGACAGUCACAGGACCCAAACAGCAAUGCCAAUCUUGUCAUCGGGGACAACUAAAGGGCCAAGUACAGUCAGUUCUACCACCCUAAGUGAUGUAGCCUCUCAUUCUCCUUCCACCAUUUUGUCCACAAGUGGAGGAGUCCUGACAACAACCUCAAGCUCAGUCAUCCACGAAAAUAUAACUGCAGCGGUCACUCCCUCUGUAGGUUUUGAAAGUGACUCAUUGACAAACACCACGCAAGUCCCAAAUUCCUCAGCGGGCAAGUUAGGCACACCCACCCCUGAGCAUCCUACAACUGUUCAAACAGUAACCUCUGCUACCAACUCUACUACAAGGCCAGCAUACAUGAGUUCUACGAGUAAUCACAGGAGUGUAAGAUCCACACCGACUUUAUCAUUUCCACCUACAACCUCCCCUCUGAUCAUGACCACUCCUGAUACUUCCUCAAUAUCUAAGUAUCCUAAGAGUCCAUUGCCUGCUCUACGGCCAUCCACAGACUAUGCUUCCUCUGACUCUCCUUCCUCUGGUAAUGUGAGCACAGCUCAGACCAUAUCGACUUUCUAUACUUCAGCCAAUAAUUCUUCAUUCUCUCAAUCAGCCCCUGGCCCUGCAGUCACCCGGAGCUCCACCACCCUAUCCACAGGUCAUUUCACUCCUCUGUCUGUUGCCAGCACUUUCUCACCAUCCACAUCAUCCUCGAGCUCCACUGUGAAGACGGGGACGUCAGGUGUUCCCCUCUUCCCCUAUGGGUCAACAGUUGGAGACCAGCAAUUCGUUAGGUGGACUUUGGACUUCACCUCGCCGCUCUUCAAGCCCCAGAUUGGCUUCCCUCUCGGCUCCUCUCUCCACGAUUUACUCUAUUUCACAGAUAAUGGCCAGAUCAUUUUCCCGGAGUCAGAGUACAAGAUUUUCUCCUAUCCCAACCCUCCCCUUGGAGGCUUCACAGGCCAGGACCCUGUGGCCCUGGUGGCUCCAUUCUGGGACGAUGCUGAUUUCUCCAGCCGCAGGGGAACCAUAUUUUACCAGGAAUAUGAGACGCUCUAUGGUGAAUACCAUUCGCUAGUCCAGCAGGUGGAGUCUUGGAUCCAAAAGUUCAUAAACACCUGGGACUACAAAGCCAGGUGGACCCUAAAGGUCACAUGGGACAGUGCCCACGCCUAUCCCGCCCAGAGGAGCUUUGGGACCAACACCUACCAGGCCAUCCUUUCCACGGAUGGGAGCCGGUCCUACGCCCUGUUUCUCUAUCAAAGCGGUGGUAUGCAGUGGGAUGUGACCCAGCGCCCGAGCAACUCGGUCCUCAUGGGCUUCUCCAGUGGAGACGGGCAUUACGAAAACAGCCCACUGACGCUCCUGCCAGCAUGGGAGAAGUACCGUCCAGACCAGUUCCUGAAUUCCAGCUUAGGUGUCAGGGGGCUGCAGGUCUAUAGGCUACACAGGGAAGAAAGGCCCAACCCCCGUCUCAGGUGCCUGCAGUGGUUGAAGAGUCAGCCUCAGUGGCCCCACUGGGGCUGGAACCAGCUCUCCUGCCCUUGCUCCUGGUGGCAGGGACUACAGGACUUACGAUUCCAGCCCAUCAGCAUAGGCUGGGGCCUCGGCAGCAGGCAGCUGUGCAGCUUCUCCUCCUGGCGUGGGGGCGUGUGCUGCAGCUAUGGGCCCUGGGGAGAGCUUCUCGAAGGCUGGAGAGUGCAGAAUCCUUGGCAGUUUGACCAAGAACUGGAGGCACAGAACUGGUGCUGCCGCUGGAACGACAAGCCCUCCUUCUGCAUCCUGUACCAGCAGUGGCGGCCCCGCAUUGGCUGUGCUGGGUACCGGCCCCUGAGGCCCGCCUGGAUGUUCGGGGACCCCCACAUCACCACCUUGGAUGGUGCCAAUUACACAUUCAAUGGGCUGGGGGACUUCCUGCUGGUCCGGGCCAAGGACGGAAACUCCUCCUUCCUGCUACAGGGCCGCACGGCUCUGACCGGCUCCGCCCAGGCCUCCAACUUCAUCGCCUUUGCCGCUCAAUACAACUCCACCAGCCUGGGCCCCAUCAUGGUUCAAUGGCUCCUUAAGCCCAAUGACACAAUCCAAGCGCGGCUCAAUAACCAGACUGUGACAUUUGAGACUAACCGUGAAGACGCAGAAGGCCAGGAGACAUUCAACACCACCGGAGUUGUAAUGACCCGCAAUGGCUCGCUGGUGUCAGCCAGCUUCGAUGGGACAGUGACCAUCUCAGUGAUUGCUCUCUCCAACAUCCUCCACGCCUCCUGCAGCCUCCCAGAGGAGUAUCAAAACCGCACAGAGGGCCUCCUGGGGGUCUGGAACAACAAUCCAGAUGACGACUUCAGGAUGCCCAAUGGCUCUACCAUUUCCCGAAGCAGCUCUGAAGAGAUGUUUUUUCACUAUGGAAUGACCUGGAGAAUCAACGAAACAAGCCUCCUCGGCAAGAGAGACGACCAGCUGCCUGCCAACUUCACUCCUGUCUUUUUCUCCCAACUGUUGAGAAACAACUCCUUGAGUGAAAAUUUGGCCUCCGAGUGUAACGGAAAUCAGCAAUGCAUCUACGACACCCUGGCCACGGGAAGCAGAAGCACCGGACUGCACACUAGCAUGCUCUUUAGACAAUACCAGGAGAUGAACGCCACGCUCAAUCAGUAUCCACCCUCUAUUGAAGGCGAUCGCGUGGUGGAAGCCCACAUCGGGAAGACCAAGCUGUUUCAGUACACCAGCAGCUCUAAGAAUGUCACCUUUAUUCUCAGAGACAACAACACUGACUGCAAGCUCUUUGAGAAUGGGACAUUGCUAUGGACACCAACGAAGGUGGAACCAUUCACUCUGGAGAUUCUAGCCAGAAAUGUCAAGGACAACUUGUCAUCUGUACUCCAGCCAAAGACAGUGGUCUGUGCCUGCAAGGCAGAGAGCCAGUGUUUAUACAACCAGACCAGCAGGGUGGGCAAUUCCUCCUUGGAGGUGGCUGGCUGCAAGUGUGACAAGAACACCUUUGGCCCCUACUGCAAUCUCUCCAUGGACCUCUGUGAGGAGGCGUGCUUCCCGAAUGUGGCAUGCAUUCGUGGGAAGGGCUGUGAGGCCUGCCCCCCACACCUGACUGGGGAUGGGCGUCACUGUGCAGCUCUAGAGACCCCUCUGCUCUGUCAGAACAAGUCCUGCCCUGUGAAUUACUGCCACAACCACGGUCACUGCUACAUCUCCCAGACCCAGGGCUGCCAGCCCACCUGCACCUGCCCCCCAGCCUUCACCGACUCCCGCUGCUUCCUGGCCGGCAACAGUUUCACUCCAACCAUCAGUCUAGAGCUUCCAUUGAGAAUCAUCCAGAUCUCGCUCAGUGAAGAAGAAAAUGCCUCUGCAGCAGAGGUCAACGCCUCGGUGGCCUACAGACUGGGAAACCUGGAAGUGCGGGCCUUUUUCAGGAACAGCCAAGUGGAACACAUCAAUCCCAUCACAGGAAGAACCCUUCAACACUGGAAGGUCACCUCGACAUUCCGGUACCGCCCUCGGGGUCCCGUCAUUGACUUCUUGAAUAACCGGCUGGUGGAUGCAAUAGUGGAGGCCUUCCUCCAGGCCCCGAACAGGAGGUGGAAGAGAAGCGAGGGGCCCAGGAACAACGUGGUCUUCCACCCCCUUUCCAGGGAAGAUGUGCGCAGUGUGAUGGCUCUGAAUGUGAGCACGCUGGAGACUUACUUCAAAUGCGAUGGCUACGAGGGCUACCGCCUGGUCUACAGCCCCCAUGGCGGCGUCACCUGCGUGUCCCCGUGCAGUCAGGGCUACUGUGAGCACGGAGGUCAAUGCCAGCACCUGCCCCAAGGGCCUAGCUGCAAGUGUGUGUCCUUCUCCAUCUACACGUCGUGGGGCGAGCGCUGUGAGCACCUGAGCAUGAAACUCGGCGCCUUCUUCGGGAUCCUCUUUGGGGCCCUGGGCGCCCUCUUGCUGCUGGGGGUCGUGACAUUUGUGGUCCUUCGCUUCUGGGGCUGCUCCAAGGCCCAGUACUCCUACCCCCUGGACUCAGAAAGCUGAGGCCUCGCCCCAAAGGGGCAGCUGUGGCCUAGAUACCUCAGGACCCACCCCAGCCUCACCCGCACACUUCUAGGCGCCCUUGCUUUGGGAAGGCUGGAAAGAGGAAGGUGACUGAAGGCGAUUCAGGAUUCUUCAAAGAGAAUGAAUAAUGGGAAUGAAUAAUAAUAAAGGCAGAACCACUCCUGGUCAGUAGACACAGAGGCGGACAGGAAGAGGCCAUGAAGACCCACUACGUAAAUGAAUGGAUUUUCACACAAACAUACCCACGAGGACGCCGACUUACACACACACGCACAUGCCAUAGUUAAUAAUGGGGUGAUGGCUCUAAGUUAAAAACCAAAAUGCAUUUGCACUCAAAACUCUUUAGUUUACUUCUAAUUAAAGUCUACUUAAAUAAAAGCCUCCAGACAUCUUGUGUUUCCAAAGCCCUGGGUUCCAUUCGUGAUUUUCCUCUGGUGGCUGAAGGGUUAGGCCCAGGGUGUAGAAGAGCAGAGGUGGGUGGGACCCAGUCCUGCUUCGGCCCUCAGUUACUCCACAUUGGGAAGUUCAGUUGCUCCAUCCCAGUCUUAGAUCCUUGCUUCAGCCUCCAAAGCACUUUCUUCCCCUCCUCCCAACACAAGCCAAGGCUGUGCCCUCUGAGGAGGACGGUAGACAUGCUCCCAUAUGGAGUAUCCUCUACUC